AUGGACCAAGAAAUACAUUACAAAUUGGACUACUCGAAAAACUUAUUUACAAUAGCCAUUGACAUUGGUGGAACCCUAGCCAAAGUGGUGUAUUCGCCGCUUGGAAGUGACAAAUUGCACUUCCAUACGAUCGAGACAGAGCACAUAACGAAAUUUAUCAAGCUUCUGCAUUCCAUUAUACAUGAUCAUAACAACAGUGAUUAUUCUACCACUCAGAUUAUCGCAACAGGCGGAGGUGCCUUUAAAUUUUAUGACUUGUUAAAUAAGGAAUUUCCCUUAGUGAAAUCCAUCGAUCAAUUGGAAGAGAUGGAAAGCCUAAUCAAAGGACUAGAUUUUUUUAUUCAUCAAGUUCAUGAUGAAGUGUUCACUUAUAAUGAUCAGGAUGGUAUGCAAAUAAUACCGAAAGUGACAAUUGAUAAUAAUAAAUGUCAAAAUGAGAAAUAUGAGAAUAAUGAUAAAAUAUACCCUUAUCUUCUGGUAAACAUUGGUUCCGGGGUCUCUAUUCUAAAAGUGGAGAAACCAAAUGUGUUUACCAGAGUGGGAGGGUCCUCCCUGGGUGGUGGUACGUUGUGGGGCUUACUAUCUUUAAUUACCGGCGCUCAGUCUUAUGACCAAAUGCUGACUUGGGCUCAAGAGGGUGAUAAUACUCAAGUAGAUAUGUUGGUUGGUGACAUAUACGGCUCAGAUUAUACCAAGAUAGGACUAAAAUCGUCAGCCAUUGCCAGUUCCUUUGGGAAAGUCUUCCAAAACAGAAGGUUAUCCACGGCAUCAUCCACACCUUCAAGUAGAUCAAAUUCUACGCCAUCGUUGUCAAAUAUAAUGAUGCUGAGCGCGAAGGAUUGUUCUAAUGAUGAUAAUGAUUUGUUAAAAAGAUCAACUACAUCUACCUUGGAAAUAAUGGAUCGAAAUAAGAAAUUUCAGAAUUCCGAUAUUUGCAAAAGUUUAUUGUACGCCAUUUCGAAUAAUAUUGGUCAAAUUGCGUACUUGCAGGCAAAGAUUCAUCAUGUACAAAAUAUCUAUUUCGGUGGGUCUUACAUCAGAGGUCAUUUAACGACAAUGAACACUCUUGCAUACGCCAUCAAUUUUUGGUCCCAAAGUUCUAAACAAGCCUUCUUUUUAAAACAUGAAGGCUACUUGGGUGCAAUGGGUUCUUUUUUGAGUGCCAUGUAA